AUGGAUAGUCUGUCUAUUCUGAACGCUGCCAAUGACGCAUCUGAUUCUGCCAUCACUGUCCACUCCUGUGCGGACCUUGUGUCUAAGAUGCUUCACGUGGACCCCCACCAGAGACUGACCGCCAAACAAGUGCUGAGACACCCCUGGAUCAUCCAUCGGGACAAGCUGCCCAACAGCCAGCUCCCGCACCAGGAUGCCUCCCUGGUCAAGGGCGCCAUGGCGGCUACAUACUCAGCCCUGAAGAGCUCCCAGCCCACGCCAGAGCUGCAGCCCAUCCAGACGUCCUUCCUGGCCCAGCGGCGGGUCCAGAAGCUGACCUCCACCUCCCUCUAG